GGGGCCGCUGUCCCUGCGGCCAGUGCUGGAUGCGGGGACCCUGCGCCGAGGCCGUGCCAGGUGGAGCCACCAGAAGCCAAAAGUCACAGGCAGCCUGCGGCAGUUUCCCUGGAGGGCUCAGUACCAGGAUCUAUGUCUAAGUUUUAAUACUUACAAAGACCACGAUAAUUCCUUCCCCAAAGCCAAGCAGCCCCCCAGCCCCGCACAGCCCCAGCCUGCCUCCCACCACCCAGCUGCCCGCAAUGCCCUCCAGCGGCCCCGGGGACACCAGCAGCUCCGCUCCGGAGCGAGACGAGGACCGCAAGGAGGGAGAAGAGCAGGAGGAGGCCCGUGGCAAGGAGGAGCGGCAGGAGCCCAGCACAACUGCGCGAAAGGUGGGGCGACCCGGAAGGAAGCGCAAGCAUCCCCCGGUGGAAAGCAGUGACACGCCGAAGGACCCUGUGGUGACCUCCAAGUCCCCGUCCAUGGCCCAGGACUCAGGCCCUUCAGAGCUGUUACCCAACGGGGACUUGGAAAAGCGAAGUGAGCCCCAGCCAGAAGAGGGGAGCCCCGCUGGGGGGCAGAAGGGCGGGGCCCCUGCAGAGGGAGAGGGUGCAGCUGAGACCCCACCCGAAGCUUCCAGAGCAGUGGAGAAUGGCUGCUGCACCCCCAAGGAUGGCCGAGGAGCCCCUGCUGAAGAGGGCAAAGAGCAGAAGGAGACCAACAUCGAGUCCAUGAAAAUGGAGGGCUCCCGGGGCCGGCUGAGGGGUGGCCUCGGCUGGGAGUCCAGCCUCCGGCAGCGGCCCAUGCCGCGGCUCACCUUCCAGGCGGGGGACCCCUACUACAUCAGCAAGCGCAAGCGGGACGAAUGGCUGGCACGCUGGAAAAGGGAGGCUGAGAAGAAAGCCAAGGUGAUCGCAGUAAUGAAUGCUGUGGAAGAAAAUCAGGGAUCUGGCGAGUCGCAGAAGGUGGAGGAGGCCAGCCCUCCUGCCGUGCAGCAGCCCACGGACCCUGCCUCUCCCACUGUGGCCACCACGCCUGAGCCUGUGGGGGCCGACACCGGGGACAAGAACGCCACCAAAGCGGCUGAUGACGAGCCCGAGUACGAGGACGGCCGGGGCUUCGGCAUUGGCGAGCUGGUGUGGGGGAAACUGCGGGGCUUCUCCUGGUGGCCAGGCCGCAUUGUGUCUUGGUGGAUGACGGGCCGGAGCCGAGCAGCUGAAGGCACCCGCUGGGUCAUGUGGUUCGGAGACGGCAAGUUCUCAGUGGUGUGUGUGGAGAAGCUGAUGCCACUGAGCUCCUUCUGCAGCGCUUUCCACCAGGCCACCUACAACAAGCAGCCCAUGUACCGCAAAGCUAUCUAUGAAGUCUUGCAGGUGGCCAGCAGCCGUGCAGGGAAGCUCUUCCCAGCGUGCCAUGACAGCGACGAGAGCGACACUGCCAAGGCUGUGGAGGUGCAGAACAAACAGAUGAUUGAAUGGGCCCUGGGGGGGUUCCAGCCCUCUGGUCCCAAGGGCCUGGAGCCCCCAGAAGAGGAGAAGAACCCCUACAAAGAAGUUUACACAGACAUGUGGGUCGAACCUGAGGCAGCAGCCUAUGCACCACCCCCACCAGCCAAAAAACCCCGAAAGAGCACAACGGAGAAGCCCAAGGUCAAGGAGAUUAUCGAUGAGCGCACAAGAGAGCGGCUGGUGUACGAGGUGCGGCAGAAGUGCCGGAACAUCGAGGACAUUUGCAUCUCCUGUGGGAGCCUCAACGUCACCCUGGAACACCCUCUCUUCAUUGGAGGAAUGUGCCAAAACUGCAAGAACUGCUUCCUGGAGUGUGCAUAUCAGUACGAUGACGACGGCUACCAGUCCUACUGCACCAUCUGCUGUGGGGGGCGUGAGGUGCUCAUGUGUGGGAACAACAACUGCUGCAGGUGCUUUUGUGUGGAGUGUGUGGAUCUCCUGGUGGGGCCGGGGGCCGCCCAGGCCGCCAUUAAGGAGGACCCCUGGAACUGCUACAUGUGCGGGCACAAGGGCACCUACGGGCUGCUGCGGCGGCGGGACGACUGGCCCUCCCGGCUGCAGAUGUUCUUCGCCAAUAACCACGACCAGGAGUUUGACCCCCCGAAAGUGUACCCACCUGUCCCAGCUGAGAAGAGGAAGCCCAUCCGGGUGCUGUCUCUUUUUGAUGGGAUUGCUACAGGGCUCCUGGUGCUGAAGGACUUGGGCAUUCAGGUGGAUCGCUACAUCGCCUCGGAGGUGUGCGAGGACUCCAUCACAGUGGGCAUGGUGCGGCACCAAGGGAAGAUCAUGUACGUCGGGGACGUCCGCAGCGUCACACAGAAGCAUCCCAUCACAUUACCUUUAUCCUCCCAGAUCCAGGAGUGGGGCCCAUUCGAUCUGGUGAUUGGGGGCAGUCCCUGCAAUGAUCUCUCCAUCGUCAACCCUGCCCGCAAGGGACUCUACGAGGGCACUGGCCGGCUCUUCUUUGAGUUCUACCGCCUCCUGCAUGAUGCGCGGCCCAAGGAGGGAGAUGAUCGCCCCUUCUUCUGGCUCUUUGAGAAUGUGGUGGCCAUGGGCGUUAGUGACAAGAGGGACAUCUCGCGAUUUCUCGAGUCCAACCCUGUGAUGAUUGAUGCCAAAGAAGUGUCAGCUGCACACAGGGCCCGCUACUUCUGGGGGAACCUUCCCGGUAUGAACAGGCCAUUGGCAUCCACUGUGAAUGACAAGCUGGAGCUGCAGGAGUGUCUGGAGCAUGGCAGAAUAGCCAAGUUCAGCAAAGUGAGGACCAUCACUACUAGGUCGAACUCCAUAAAGCAGGGCAAAGACCAGCAUUUCCCCGUCUUCAUGAAUGAGAAAGAGGACAUCUUAUGGUGCACUGAAAUGGAAAGGGUGUUUGGCUUCCCUGUCCACUAUACCGACGUCUCCAACAUGAGCCGCUUGGCGAGGCAGAGACUGCUGGGCCGGUCCUGGAGCGUGCCGGUCAUCCGCCACCUCUUCGCUCCGCUGAAGGAAUAUUUUGCUUGUGUGUAAGGGACAUGAGGGCAAACUGAGGUAGUGAUACAAAGUUAAACAAACAAAAAACACAAAACACAACAAAAACACCAAGAACAUGAGGAUGGAGAGAAGUAUCAGCACCCAGAAGAGAAAAAGGAAUUUAAAACAAAAACCAGAGGUGGAAACACCGAGGGCUUUUUGCCUUGCGAAAGGGUUGGACAUCAUCUCCUGGUUUUUUCAAUGUUAAUCUCAGUCCUAUUUAAAAACAAAACCAACCUCCCUCCACGCCCCUCCCCCCCUUUUUUCUUUUUUGGUCAAACCUUUUGUUUUCUAUUCUUUUCAGAGGGGUUUUCUGUUUGUUUGGGUUUUUGUUUCUUGCUGUGGCUGAAAAGAGUUAAUUGCAGAAAAAAAAAAGUCAAUAAGAAAAAUUAGUAACAAUACCUUGCAGAGGAAGGAUGGGAGUGAGGGAGAAAAAAAAAUUCUAUAGAAAUCUAUAUAUUGGAUUUUUUUUUUUUUUAACUAUAUAUCUUUUGUUGUCUCUGGCCUGAUCAGAUAGGAGCACAAGCAGGGGACAGAAAAUUGCAGGACGCUUGGGCAGCGGGGCCCCCCCCAGCCCCAAGCCUCUUGCCAGCACCAUUCCUGGUUUGAAGAGCAGAACCCAUCUAGAGCAGGGAGACGAGAACACCACCAAGACCCUUUUCUACAGUAUUUCAGGUGCCUACCACACAGGAAACCUUGAAGAAAACCAGUUUCUAGAAGCCGCUGUUACCUCUUGUUUACAGUUUAUAUAUAUAUGAUAGAUACGAGAUAUAUAUAUAAAAGGUACUGUUAACUACUGUACAACCUGACUUCAAAAUGGUGCUUUAAAACAGCGAGAUGAGUAAAAACAUCAGCUUCCACGUUGCCUUAUGUGCAAAGGGUUUUAAUCAAGGAUGGAGAAAGGGAGACAGCUUGAGGAUAAGCCGGUAUCCUGGAGGCUCUUUUUCCCCUUGCUUUUUAAAAAAACAAGGUGAAGGAGAAGCACUUGGGGACAGCACUCUCCCGUUUCUCUCUGCCAAAAAAGGGGGGUACAAUGAGGUGGUGGGGACCGUGGAAAGCUGAGAGUGGAAUUUCAUCCAGGCUCACGCAAUAACCUUUUGAUUUUUUUCUAAAAGGAGACCCCUCUCGGCGAGAUGGCAGGAUUAGGGGUCUUCACUCCCCAUCUCUCACAUUUGCCGACGGGUGGGCUCCUUGUGUGGGAUCAGAAGUAAUCCAGCGUGUGGAAGUGACAGUUCAAACCCCACCUGGGCAAAUAAAAAAACAUACAAAAUGUACUGGUGCUUUCCUGUCUAAGUCGCCUUUUGUGUGUUCUUUUAUGAGGCCCCACCACCCCCCUCUGCGCACAAGGUGGCCGUGGCCCCUGGAAUGCGAUGUUUUUGGUCAUCUCCAAAGGCUGCAGUUUUAUACUGGGAGGCUGACGACACCUUACGUUAUCAUUAUUCUUAGGGUUCUGGUUAUAAUUACGUUUGUUUUCAGAUUUUUCUUUAGGAAAACAAAAACCCAACACCCCUCCCUUUAGGUUUCAAACCAAGGUGCGGGGAGCAGGGUGCUUCUAGUUGGUGGCCCUGGUGCCCUGGCUCCCCCCUCGGGCCAGGUGGGCCACCGGGCGCCGCGGCAGCGGGGCGGCCUUCCGGCGUCCUCUUCUCUUCUACUUCCCUCCUCUCGAGUCGCGUGUGUCAGGGCCGGGGGAGGGCCAGGGCGUCUCCCCUCGCGUGUGUGACUGGAGUGGUGUGUGUUUCUUUUCUAGUACUUGGUCUGAUGCUGGCUGUGCUCUGACGGAGUCAGCAGCACCUGGAGCCCCCUGCACGCCUUUGCUUCUCUUCCAGCCAAGCUGGCAGCCUGGCGUUGGCGAUGGGCAGGGACGGCAGAGGUGGCUCCAGGGUGAGGGCCCACUGGGCAGAUGCUUGCCUGAAUAGACGGGGUGUAGAUAUGUGGCAUAUAGAGAUAUAUAUUUUAUAAUGGGAGGGGUGGCACCUCCUGGGGCUGGCAGAGCUGGGAGGUGUGCUGUGGAGCACACGGUCUCGAGUUCGCAUCCCUAGAAAGAUGGGCCUAUGGCGAUAGGCGCUAUAUAAAUACAUAGAUAGGGUCGUGUAUAAGAAAUACUAUGUGGUGGGGAGCGGGGCAGGGUGGCUCAGAGUGCUGGGCCUCCGACCCCACUGCAGACAUAAGCCCCACACUAAUCAAUCCCACAUGCACACACAGGAACCUAUUUCUAUAUGGAUGCAUAACAUGCACUCAGACACACACACACACACACACACACACAGCCAGGGGGCUCCCGGUGCUGUUCUCCCCAGGAUUCAGGACUUUGUGGAGUCGGCCCUGCAGCUGUUUACCUCUGUUGCCCUGAUUGCAGGUAGACUGUCAAUCCCAGAAGUUGCUAGGUGCUGAAGGCAGGGAAAGGAGGAGGUUUUAUUUUAGCAGGUGCUCUCCUCUAGCAGGUAGCAUUCUAUCUCUUUUGCCCCUGGUGAUGUCAAGAUUCUUCUGUUAGCAACCUGUGACACUGACCUGCAACUCGAGGCACCAGUCAAGUCAGCCCUCAACUCCCCCUACCUAUUCUCCCCCAACCAAAAUAAAAUUGGCAUCCAAGUCUGUCUUGGCUAGGGGCUUUCA